AUGAACGAAAAUCUAUUCUCCUCUUUCAUUACCCCUACAAUAAUGGGCCUUCCCAUUGUUACACUAAUCAUUAUGUUCCCAACCAUGUUAUUUCCAUCAACUAACCGACUAGUAAACAACCGCCUAGUCGCGAUUCAACAAUGAGUUAUCCACUUGACAUCAAAGCAAAUAAUAGCAAUCCAUAACCAAACAGGACAAAAAUGAUCCCUGAUACUUAUAUCACUCAUCCUAUUUAUUGGAUCAACAAACCUACUAGGCUUAUUACCACAUUCCUUCACACCAACAACUCAGCUGUCAAUGAAUCUAGGGAUGGCCAUUCCCCUGUGAGCAGGGACAGUAGCUUUAGGGUUUCGCCAUAAAACCAAAGCAUCCCUAGCCCACUUCCUCCCCCAAGGAACCCCAAUCCCCCUGAUCCCCAUACUUAUUGUCAUCGAGACAAUCAGCUUGUUUAUUCAACCAAUAGCCCUAGCAGUACGAUUAACUGCAAAUAUUACGGCCGGGCACCUACUAAUUCACCUCAUCGGAGGAGCUACCCUAGCCCUAAUAAACAUCAGCACAAUAACGGCUCUUAUCACAUUCAUUAUCCUAAUCCUGUUAACAAUCCUUGAAUUCGCAGUAGCCCUAAUUCAAGCUUACGUAUUCACGCUACUAGUAAGUCUAUAUUUACAUGAUAACACCUAA